AUCGCGCUGUAAAGUUGUAAUCUAUUACAUUAAUUAUAGUAAAAAUGUUAUUUUACAUUUUUAUUGCUCUCGGUUGCAUUUACGCCUUUUUAAAGUAUCUCUUCUCGUAUUGGGCCCGUAAUGGCUUCCCAUAUCUUGAACCAGAAAUUCCCUUCGGAAACAUGAAAAAGUUCGCAAAAAAGCAAGCCUCCUUCGGUUUGAACACCUGGGAAAUGUAUCAGAAGGUUAAAAAGCCCUUCGUUGGCGUCUACAUCUUUUUCAGUCCAACAUUGUUGAUUCGCGACGUUAAUCUUGUGCACAAAAUUUUGGUAACGGACGUCGAGUAUUUUUACGAUCGCGGAAUUUACAUGAACGAAGAGCGCGAACCGAUGUCUGUGAGUUUAUUUUCGCAACGAGGCAGCAAAUGGAAGUGUUUGCGACAGAAAAUGAGUCCGUUAUUCUCCACGGGAAAAUUGAAGAAUAUGUUUCAGACGAUUUUGAAUGAAGUUGAUCACUUAGACAAAUAUGUUGAAAUUAAAGCUGAAAAUAAGGAAGUUAUUGAGUUUAAAGACAUUUUGCAACGUUACGUUUUGAAUAUUAUUGGUUCGGUGUUCUUUGGCAUUGAGCUGGAUACGAUUGCAGAUCCAAGUCACCCUUUUAGGAACAUUAAUAAAUUAAUAACAAACAGAGGGUUGAUUGAAGAUAUGAAGACUGCUUUGGUUUUUAUGGCUCCAAAAAUUAUCGACAUUUUCCGCAUCAACACCUUUAAUCCAGACGUAAAAAAAUUCUUUUAUGACGUCGUGAACUCUACAAUUUCUCAUCGUGACACGAACAAUUUUCGUCGCAACGAUUUUAUGCAACUCAUGCUGGAUAUGAGAAAAUCCGAUGACGCUUUAACAAUUGACGAAAUUGCUUCCAACGUUUUUCUUUUCUUCAUUGCUGGCACGGAAACCACCUCCGCAACUGCUGGAUUUUGUCUCUAUGAGCUCGCAUUGCAGCCAGACCUCAUGAAACGCGUGCAAACCGAAAUCGAUGAGACCCUGGCGAAACACGAGGGCGUCAUCAGUUACGACAGCAUCCAGGAAAUGGAACUUUUGGAAAUGUGUAUUAAGGAAACUUUACGAAAAUAUCCCGGAUUGCCGAUGCUGAAUCGCGAAUGCACCAAAGAUUUUAAAAUUCCAGACUCGGAUUUGACCAUCAAAAAGGGAACGGCGAUUUUGGUCUCGAUUAUGGGAUUGCAUUACGAUCCAAAGAAUUUUGCUGAACCAGAAAAGUUCGAUCCCGAGCGUUUUAGAAAGGGACAAGAAACGUUCAAUAAAGACGCUUAUAUUCCCUUUGGAGAUGGCCCGAGACAGUGUAUCGCGGUGCGAAUGGGAUUCAUGGGAGCCAAAGCUGCUGUCGUGAAAAUGUUGUCAAAAUAUAACUUUGAGACAGUCAGUAACAAACCAAUUGAGUUCGAUACGCAUUCAGUUGGACUUCUGAGCAAAGGUGGACUACCACUGAGAGUUUCAAAGAGAUAAGAGAAAGGCAACCGGUUAAAGAUAAGACUUUAGUUGAAUAGACACUAUUUUACAUUGAAUUACCUUGCACUUUAUUAUCAUGUCUGAGAUGCAUGUAGGAAGAAUUUUAAUAAAGAUAAUGCAACUUUUGUGCACUAUGAUGACGUUUUUCUAAUUAUAUACUAAAAGAUGCAAGUCAUCGUGAGAUUUGUAAACGAGUGUUAGAUAAUAUUUGUUUAGUAAUUAAUUCAAUUUGAGUUAGAGGUGUGAUUAGAAUGAUUAAUCAUUUUUGUGUUUUUGUUUGAUUAUUUGUUUUAUAAAUAGUUUAAAAUCGUCGUUUUUGCUUAUUUUUACCAAAUAUUUUUAAACUAAACUUUU